AUGGGCGGCGAUCCGAGAGAGAGCGGCGGAGCACGAAUCUCGAAGGAGGGGGAGCGGGGGGAUCUGGUGCCGCUGGCAGCGCUGAUAAAGGAGGAGCUGCGGAGCGAGCGGAUGGAGCGGCCGAGCGUGCGCUACGGGUGCGCCGCGCAGUCCAAGAAAGGGGAGGACUACUUCCUCAUGCGCACCGACUGCCUCCGCGUCCCCGCCAACCCUUCCACCUCCUUCUCCGUCUUCGCCGUUCUUGACGGGCACAAUGGCAAUGCGGCAGCAAUAUAUACGAGGGAUAACUUGUUGAACCAUGUCGUGGGUGCGAUCCCUCGUGGGCUCGGGAGGGAAGAGUGGAUUCAGGCUUUACCUCGAGCAUUGGUUGCUGGGUUCGUCAAAACUGACAAAGAAUUUCAGAGCAGAGGACAAACUUCGGGCACGACAGCUACAUUUGUGAUAAUUGAUGGGUGGACUAUCACUGUUGCCUCAGUUGGGGAUUCUCGGUGCAUUUUGGAUGCUCCGGGUGGGAUUGUUUCUGAAUUGACUGUCGACCAUCGGUUAGAAGAAAAUAUUGAAGAGAGAGAACGCGUGACCGCAAGUGGAGGUGAAGUUGGAAGACUCAGCAUUGUAGGUGGUGCUGAGAUUGGCCCCCUUCGGUGUUGGCCAGGAGGUUUAUGCCUAUCGAGGUCCAUUGGAGAUGUCGAUGUCGGAGAAUUUAUUGUUCCGGUACCAUACGUUAAACAAGUCAAGGUAUCUAAUGCUGGAGGAAGACUAAUUAUAGCUUCAGAUGGCAUUUGGGAUGCCGUGUCCUCGGAGAUGGCUGCAAAGUCUUGCCGUGGUUUGCCUGCUGAGCUUGCUGCAAAGCAAGUUGUUAAGGAAGCACUGAGGACAAGGGGACUGAAAGAUGAUACAACCUGCAUUGUUGUUGACAUAAUUCCACCUGAUCAUUCGGUUCCUCCUCCAUCCCCACCAAAGAAGAUGAAUAAGUUCAAGUCUUUUAUGUUGAGAAAAAGGUCUAAGGAUUCUGCUAAUAAAUUGGCAAAGAAGCUAUCUGCUGUCGGUAUUGUAGAAGAGUUGUUCGAAGAAGGUUCAGCAAUGCUGGCAGAAAGGCUGGGGAAUGACUCAUUGCCAGGGCAAACGACGUCUGGUUUGUUCACGUGUGCCAUCUGCCAGGUGGAUCUUGCUCCCAGCGAAGGAAUAUCUGUACAUGCAGGAUCGAUAUUCUCCACGAGUGCAAAGCCGUGGGAAGGCCCUUUCCUAUGUUCCGAUUGUCGCAACAAGAAGGACGCAAUGGAAGGCAAACGUCCGAGUGGAGUUAAAGUGCUAUAGCUCUCUCUCUCUCUCUCUCUCUCUCUCCCCAAUUCUACACUCACGCACUAGUGUUCGCUUUCGCUCAAUUAUUUUUUAAAUUUUUAUUGCUGCCAAGUUUUCUAGGCCGCAUGAUUAUAUUUUAGUUCGGAUGAGGUAGGCACCCGUGUAAGUAAAUGGCUGCGGAGAAUCGUGAUAUGGGUGAUGAUGAUGAUGAUGAUUUAUUCUGAUUGAUUUAUUUCGUUUCCUUAGGCACGGGCGGAUGCUAGCUAGUAAUAUUAUCGUGGUAAUAUAAUAAUUCUUUAAUUGUAUUCAUUGCUCCCAGGUGA